UCUCGUGCCUUCAUUCUACAAUGUCGAAGGUUCAUUAUUAAUCAACCUUUGUGCUUUAUUACUAAUUCUGUGUCAUUCACUUUGGUAUGUAUUAGGAUGACAAAGAAAGAGAAACAAAUUGCAUCUCAGUCGAGAUCAUAUGUUGUGUGGAAUCGUAAUAUGGACUCAGUUUUAGCCAAUGUGUUGUACGAUCAAAUGAACCAAGGAUUAAAAGUCGAUGGUACUUGGAAGCCUCAAGUGUAUCAAGUUGCGGUUGAUGCACUAAAAUCAUUUAAUAGCAACUUGAACAAAGAUAACGUGAAGAAUCGACUCAAAAUUUGGAAAACACAUUAUAAUGUUAUCUAUGACAUUAAAAAUAAAAGUGGUUUGACGUGGUGGGAUGAUGAGAAGAAAAUGGUGAUUAUACCCGCUAGUGAGCAAAAAGUAUUGAGCGACUAUGUUUCGGCUAAUCCAGAUGCAAAAGGCUACCAGAAUCGUUUGAUUGAAAAUUGGGAUGACAUUAUGGUGUUAUGUGCAAAAGAUAGAGCCAAUGGUGAAGGUGCAGAAACCUUUGAAGAGGCUGCUAAUGCAAUGCAACAUGAGGAAUCUGAGGCACAAUCCGAAACAAAUGAAGGUGGAAGCUCUUCAAGGAAACAUCUUCCUAGAGCAUCAACUAGUGGUGAGAUAAGCUCAAAGAAACAAAAGAAGGGGGAUAAAAUGGUUGAUUCACUUGCAGUGAUGACAGCUUCUGUGAGUGAGUAUUUUAAUGAGAGAAAAAAGGAAGUACAACCCGGAAAAGUUUUAUUUGUUGAAGUCACUUCCUGA